CUCCUUUCCCGUCGUUGGCGUUCGCCAGUCUUGCCGCGGAAGCGGUCGCGACUGCAAGCCUAUACUCGCGGGAUAGAGAGAGAGAGAGAGAGAGAGAGAGAGAGAGAGAGAGAGAGAGAAGCAGAACCGACUCGCGGCGCUUGUAUAUCUUCUCUUUUUCUUCUCUUCGAGUUUAUUAGCGUAUUGUACUUGGGGUCGAGUUUUACGGGAAGUGGACUAUAUAGAGUCGAGGUGUGAGCCGAUUUCUGCUGGUCCCUUUUGUGCCCUGGCUGUAUACGGCUCUUUUGUUACCGGACACACUGUGCUGCGCGUGUGUACGCAGGUGAAACACAGACUCGAACAGUUGAAGAGGGCCACCGACAGGAUCCAGAGGGAGAUCGAGGAAGUCACGGAGAGGGAACACGAGCUCAAGAUCGUCGGUAGCAUCAAGACCAUAUCCCACGAUACCGUCGAUUCUAAGGUCCGUCGCAUGCCGCAGGCGCUAGCCUCAGGUCGCCUGAAACGCACGACGUCAACCCCCCAGAUCCUCGAGCCGUCGGCCUUGUCCCCAACGGUGACUCAAUCGCCACCCCUGACUCCGAAAAUGACGAACGGCGUGAUCUCGACGACUCGCAGCACACCGACGCCCUUGCGCUUCGCCUCGACGCCCAGCCAGAAGGGGCUGAUGCACCGCUUCCUCGCCACCCGCGGGAAGAUGUUCAAGAACGGCGAGACGCCCACGAUAACCCUCAACCCCGAGAGCAUCAAGGCCUUCAACAGGAGUCUGGAGAUUCGUGGCCUGGAGAACGGCACAGCCGACGACGAGCCCAAGAGGCCGCCCACGAGGAAGGGAUACGUGCCGGUCGAGAAGAAGAUCCAGAAGGAGCUCACGGAGAUGCGCGAGAGGGAGAACGAGCUCAGACUAAUGAGGUCGCGGAUGCUGGCGAAGUCGCAGCCUAAUCUGGCCGACAUCGGCAACGAUAACGAUUCGGACAUUUACGACGGGGCGAGCUCCAUGAGAAGCGGCACAUCGACCAACACUCUCAACGACGACGAGCCGGAGAAGGAGAACAAAGGAAGGCACAAGCCCAAUCCCCGUCGACGAAGCAACCUGAUAGCCCAGUGGGAAAGCCUGAUAGCAGCGAAGAAGGAAGCAGCCGAAAACGGCAACGAGAACGCCAACACCGUCUAAGACAAUCCUUCGAUUGCUCAUACAAAAUGCGAGAUUAAUUAACCCGUUCGUUCGAGCGAACGAAAAACAAAACGAUUUUCUAUGAAUUUCCUGGUGAUAUACAUAGUAUACACACGCAACAAAAAAAAAUACAUUCGAAUAACAAGAUAUUCUCUGAGAAUAUCGUCAUACAUAGUCGUACGUGAUACUGCUUUAGUCGCUGAUCAAAAACAUAAUGCAUAUACAUAUCGCGAAGAUAAUGUGCGCGAUACAGUGCGGAGAUAAAAAGCGCAAAGCGCGAUAUCGAGCUACACGGGAAGAUUUUUAGUUUGAUACUAUCGCGAUCAAGCACGAGAGCUGAAGAAAAAUAUAUUUAUAAUACCAAAUUUUGAUGAUACACCUAUUCUCCGGUGCACUAAACUUAUUACUGUAGGUAAUAUGUUAUGUUGCGUACAUUUUCAAAUAUAUUAUACACUUUGCGGAGAAUGAAAAGACUUUUUAGCGGUACCAAUGUAAGGAUUGGAAUUCUUUAUUUGUAUUUCGAGGAGAAAACAUGAAUAAUUAUAUGUCCACGUCACAAUAAUUCAGUAUUAAAGUGUAAUGUUACUCGAGUGUACUUAUAUACUCAGAUAAAGAGAUGUGUAGAUCAGAGGUCUAUAUACUUAUUAAAAUUUACAUUGCACAUAUAUGGCCUGUUUUGCUUAACAUGUAAAUUUUUGUAAAAGAAUAAAGAGCGUUUGGAUCGACGCAAUGAAGGAAUGGAAAUUUGUAUAUACGAGCAUUGUGGAUGUGGAUUCGAUCUUUUUCUUUUGAAUUUAUUGCAAGAAAUUAAAAACGAAUACUGAAUUACUUGCCAGACGUAUAGUUGCAAAUUAUAGAAUAAAAACUGAGGGAAAGCGCCGCGCAAGUGAUCAACGUGUAAGAGCUAUUUCUUUUAUGUAUAUAAAACAUAAGAAAAUAAAUAAUAUCAGUAUGCAUAUAUAUUAAUAUAUAAGCCAUAAAUUAUAUUCAAAGAAUUAUUAAGAUUCUUUAUCAUACGAGAUACCUAUAUUACAAUUAUCAAACCAUCAUAUGUAAUGUAGACUUUGUAGAAAUGUGUCAAUUACUUAUAAAUACACGAUAAAGAUGAAACGCAAUUGCGAUAUAUUAUAACGUAAUUAAUAUAUAAAAAUGAAAAUGAUGUAAAAGUUGAAUAAAAAUUUCAAUACUC